AUGUCGAAUACAACAAUCAUAUCAACAGCAGCUAUAACUCUCAAUUUUAUUUCACUUAUUGGAACUAUAUUUAUUGGUCUCAUAUGCAUAUUUAUGCUUAGUGUGCUCUUGCCAUCAAUUAUAGGCAAACAUGAUGUUGUAUUAAUUUUAGUUGCUAAUAAUUAUUUAACAUUAUUAGCUUUUGCACUUGUAGCGAUACCAAUCAAUAUUGAUAUGGUUCGAGGUGAUUAUAAUUUGUACAUUGGUAUGGAAACAUUUGGUUGUCGUAUUAGAGCAUAUAUAUUUUAUGCAUCCUUAGCAAUCAUUUUUAAUACUUUUGUAUUACAAGCUUGUUUCCGUUUCUUUUGUGUGGCCUAUCCGUCUCAUAUAUGGUUACAAUAUCGUCUUACUUACAUUAUGGCUAUUCCUAUUUUGUGGUUCAUCUCGUUUCUUUUUAUGAUGCCGAUUCAUUUUUGGCAUGAUAUACAAUUUAUACAUAGAGAAAAUGUCUGCUUCAUAGCUAUUCAUAGAGCUCGUGGAUUUAUUUGGUCUAAUAUGAUUAUUUAUGGUAUACCAAUUAUUGUCAUCAAUAUUAUUUAUAUUCGACUGACGCAUUUUAUUCGUCGAUCAUCUAUGGUUACUUUCACACGAACUAAACGUGAUGUGAUCGUUGUACGGCGUAUUGCACUUGUUGUAGGCAUAUUAACAUUGAUGGGUAUUCCUUCUGUUGUAUUGAAGUUAAUGUUACCUUUUACUGAUGUAGGAAAACCAUUGUUUUAUCGUAUUCAGAAUAUGGUUAUAGUCACUGCUAUGAUUAUUCUUAGCUUUAUGCUCGUCUAUGUCACUCCUCAAGUCAAAAAAGUACUUAUCCGUAAUCAAAAGUCAACUACAACAACAUCGACACAUACACAACUACAGCCCAUUUUACCUACCAAAUCAUCAACUAUUAACACUACAGACCAGGAACAAUUAUCAUGA